CUUUUUAGUAUCAUCAAAGACUUCGGUUGACGCACAGCGGACCAAAAGUAAGAUGUCGUUAAUGCUGCUAAGAAGUAUUUGGUGUUUAGUGAUUUUAGCAAGUGUUUUAUUUGCCUCAGCCGAUGACAAUGUAUACGUAAUCAAGUCGGAAAAACUACCGGCCGAUCUUAACUUUAUGCCCACCCUGGGUAACGGUCAUUUGGGAUAUACAGUUUUCGGUGACGCGAUCUUCAUGAAUGGCAUCUAUAAUGGCGAAGGUGGUAAUAGUCGCCGUGCACGCAUCCCUAAUUGGCUGAACUUGAAUGUGGCCACCAUUGCCUACGAGGAAUGGGAGCUCUCCAUCAUACCGGAUAGCUAUAGGCUACACCUACGGGAUGGUUACUUCCGCUGGCAAUUUGCUUACGAGGCAAAUGGAAUGCAGAUGCAAUUGGAACAACGCACAUACGCCCAUCGCUACUACAACCGCGCUUUGAUCUAUGAACUUUUCGUGCAUUGCACCGGCGCUAUAGAUCCACUGCUUAUAAAGUUAACCCAAAAGUCAGGAAGUAAAAGUGAAGCUUUUGACUUUUCACAAUUAAGCAACGCUAACGGAACAAUGAGGUAUAAAACUCUGCAUGGUGUAACGCGUCAGUUAGAGCAGCCAGAUUUUCAGUUGGAACUACGUACGAUUUUCGUGGUAUUCAGUGAUAAUUGGGAAAAUGAAUACACUUUCGAAUUGGGUGCUGGGCAAGAAGAGUUUUAUUAUCGCUACGUAAUUACGGUUGACGAGAAGGAGGAGGUGGCGCGGAGAGAAAUGGAGAAUGUUAUACAGCUGACCUCCGACGAGCUGUUGGAAAAGCACACCAAUGAAUGGCAUAAGUUUUGGCAGGACUUCAAUAUACAGAUUGAUGGAAAUAUAGAACUGUCACACACCAUUAACGCUGGCAUCUUCUACUUGGCCAGCUCCUUGCCAUCAUUGCAUACAAAUCAACUGAAUGGCGCCUACUUCGGGCUCAGUCCCACCGGUAUAGGGCGUGGGCAGCUCGAUGCAGACUACGAAGGACAUAACUUUUGGGAUACAGAAACCUGGAUGCUACCAGCUGUCACCCAAUUCGACAUCACCUGGGCCGAGCAGCUAUUCCAGUAUCGUUUGCAACACUUGCCUGGUGCUCGCUAUAACGCCAAACAAACUGGCUACAAAGGAGCACGCUUUCCCUGGGAGAGCGCCUACACCGGCACAGAAGUGAUAAACCCUUGUUGCCCUGAAGUGGCCGCACAGGAAAUUCACAUCUCGCCAGAUAUUUUAUUUGCGCUCCGCCAACAUUAUGCCUUAACACAUUCCACCGAGUGGUUGUGCCGCGUUGCGUGGCCAAUAGCCAAGGAAGUUGCUGAGUUCCUCGUGAGUCGCGUGAACGAUGAUGGGCAAAAAUAUCACAUUAAAGGAGUCAUGGGCCCAGAUGAAGAUCACUUAAAUGUAACUGACAAUGUCUACACGAAUGCGGUGGUCAAGAGGGCACUGGAGUUCGCGAGUUUUGCGCAUUCCACGUGCACUACCGCCGACAAUACUUCAGAUAUUUGGCGAGAUAUAGCGCUGCGUAUGAAUAUAUUGUACGAUAAAAAAUUGGACUACCAUCCACAAUAUUUGGGCUACAAGCGAGGCGAAAUGGUUAAGCAGGCUGAUGUAAUACUACUUGGCUACCCUUUGCAAUACGCGAUGGCGAAUAAGACCCGCUUGAGUGAUCUUAACACUUACGCGUCUGUCACCCGAGAGUCGGGGCCUGCCAUGUCCUGGUCUAUGUUCGCCAUCAACUUUCUGGAUAUAAACGCGCUGGAUGAAGCUAACCGAUAUUUCCAAAGAGCUUAUAAAGGUUAUGUGCGGCCAGAAUUUAAAGUCUGGAGCGAAAACAAAAUUGGCUACCAGGGAUCCGCGAACUUUCUCACUGGCAUUGGUGGCUUUUUGCAGGCGAUUAUCAACGGUUAUGCUGGCAUGCGAUUUGAUUUGGAUGGACACCGUUCGAUAAUGAAAGUGCAAAAAACCAAUUUGAUCGCUGGCACAAAAGGAUUUACUAUCCAUGGUAUCAAAUUUGCUGGCUCGAAAUUUUCCUUGAAGGUGCACACAAAUGGCACAGCGACAUUUAGCUGUUUAGAAGCAGGCGAUUUGGAUUUGGAAUUAGUAGUGAACUCCCACAAAUAUGCAAUAAAUGCCAAUUUUUCAAUUAAUCUGGAGCGCAAUACCGCGUUACUAUCCACGGUUUAAAUAAAAAAUGCCUUUGAAUAUGUUA